AUGCGCAUAUACAUACUAAAUAUAGCCCCCAGCGGAGGACACGCAGUAGCUUUGCAGGGAUUGGAGAAGAGCACAGGCUCUAGCAUUAGCAUACAGGUGGAGGGAAUUGUAAACGAAGUAACAGCAGCUCCUCUUUCGGAAAAGCCUGAACUCAUGGAGAAGCUGGAGAAUGAGGUUCUGAAACGGUAUGGGAGCGAGCUUGUGCCUCUGGAUGGAGCAACUCUGUGCAGGUGGGAGGACAGGAGUAUCUGUGUUGACGGUAAAAAGCCCGAGCAGAGUGGAGCAACAGAGAAAAGACUGAUCUUCCAUCUUCCGUACGCUAAAGCACGAACUAUGGCAGAUUUAGAUGGAGCGAAGAGUAUCACCAAAGAGUUCAGCAGCCCAAUGGAGGCCUUCAUUCUCCUCAAAAAGAUAAAGGGCUCUACCCUGGUAGAUAUUGGUAAAAUUGAAAGUGGAGCAGCUCGAAUGGAAGCUAUAGAAACUCUUGCAUACGAAAUGCCGGACGUGCGAAUAGCUUACAUAUACUCUUCGCAGCGAAGCUUCUUUGAAACUAUCUCGGUCUGCGUCUAUAGCUCAAAUGAGCACAAGAGACUCUGUGAAAAUAGCGCAGAAAAUGAUAGCAGCUCAGCGCCUUUGAAGAAAAAGCAGAAAUUGCAAGAGCCAUCCUCAUCUGAUAGAUUUGUGCUUAUAUCAGAGUCUGAAGAUCUGUGUGCAUACUGGACCUUCACAACUCUGAAGAUAGGCAUGCCUUUAGAAGACCUAUUAGCUGCUAAUAUAUCGCAGUGUGAGAACUCUGAAGCACUUAUUUCCAGAUUGAGCAAUUUCAUCCAAGAGGCAAAAGCAGACAUGGUAGCAUGCUACAAUGUAGACACGAAUACCUUUGUGGAUAAGAUAGAAGGAUCUGCGAAGGUUUAUGAUGCUACAUCAAAAAGUAGCUCUGUCUCUAGCGGAGUUAGUCUUGUGUGCGAUCUGUCGAGAUACAUUGAAUCAGUUAGCAAGCUUACUGAGUAUACUUUAGAAGAAAUGUGCAAAACAUACUCCAUCGCAUACAGCACUCUGCCAAUAAAAGGGUCUGCACAAAUUACAGAAGAGUCCUGUACGCAUGCUAAGAACAGCUGUGCAUCUAGUGAUCCUGUGCUUAGUCUGAACAUGUCUCGUAUAUCGAGCAUUGAAAUGAAUGCAAUUUUUAAGAGAGGAAGCUUGUUGGCGCUAGCAGAAAAGCUUGCACGGAUUACAGGAGCAUCACUUAACUCAAUUUUCAAUGGAUAUAAGUCUGAUAGAGUGGAGUAUCUAUUGCUACACCGUAUGCGAGAUAAUAAAUAUCUCAUACCAAAGAGGGCAGUGCAUGCAAAGGUUGAUGACAAAGACACAUACGAAGGCGGACAUGUGUUCUUAGAAAAAACUGGACUGUACAGCGAAUCUUACAUUGCGCUAUUUGACUUCAACUCGCUGUAUCCCUCAAUAAUCCAAGAGUACAACGUGUGCUUUAGUACUUCUAACAGCCUUUCAAUGGAAAGAGGGGGAGAAGACGAGCCUUCCCUUCUUCCCGGAGCUCUUCGAGAUCUUGUGCAGCAGAGAUCAGAGAUAAAAAAGAAAAUACAAGAAAAAGAAGGCAAUGUGCAGACCCUGGAGAUAGAGCAAAAGGCAGUGAAGCUAGUUGCCAACUGCAUCUACGGGUGUUUGGGGUUCAAAGGCUUUAGAUUCUAUAACAAAAAGAUGGCUGCUUUUAUUACCGAGUGUGGAAGAAACAUUCUAAAAGACACAAAAACAGUUCUAGAGAGCCAAGGGUACAGAGUGAUAUACGGAGACACUGACUCCGUGAUGGUUGACAUUGGCAUAAAGCCCACAGAGCCUGCGCCUUCUGCCGAGUUUUUAUUGAGAAUAGCAAACAGCAUCAGCUGCAAGUACAGAUUUAUCAAGCUAGGUUUUGAGAAGAUAUUUCUAAAGCUGGUGAUGCUGGCGAAGAAAAAGUAUUUUGGCAUCUAUUUGUCAAAUGGAAAAGAGGAAAUAGAAGAGAAAGGCCUGGAAACAGGAAGACGCGACUGGGCAGAUGUUGCAAGAGAUACCACCAGCCGAGCCAUGAAAAUUCUGCUGUAUUCGAACAGCCCAGAAGAGGAGAUACUGUGCAUGCUGUCUAAGAUCAAAGAAAACAUGAAAUCUCUCGAUAAGGAAAGUUUUCUGAUAAGAAAAAAAAUACAAAAGAGCCCAGAAAGCUACAACCAGAUACAAGCCACGUCUCUACAGCAGGUGUCUCUUGCACUUCGUCUGCAGCAGGAGAAGAACAUGAUAUUCCAUGGAGGAGACAUUAUUUCCUUUGUAAUAGCAAUGCACAACGGCAUUUCUCGUCCUGAGCUUAUUUCUGAAAGCGGGGGAAUCAACUACGAAUACUAUAUUAAACUGCAGAUAUUCCCGCCUAUACAGAGAAUGGUUGAAUCUUUCCCCUCCAUCUCCAUUGAAAACAUACAAAAAGUCCUUGGAAUGCACAAAGCUAGGGCCAAGGAAGUGCCCCAUGCCCAUUUAAAAACAGUGCCGCUAGAAAUACAGGAAGCUCUGGAAAUUGUGACUCUGUGCUGCAAACAAAAACAAGAAAUAGGAUUGGUGUGUGUUGUGUGCGGUGAAACUUUAAGCACGCUCUUUGUAAAAAAUCUUAUCCGAUCUAUAGUGUACAAGGAGAGUGUGAAGCUGCACAGCCUUAAAAAAAGGUGCUCAGUGUGCGAGUCAAAGGAAGAGUAUAAUCCCGUCUGUCUCGUGUGCCAUCUUCCAACAGAGUGGGAGUCUCCAUCACUAGAGCAUUUCCACAACUUUAUGUACAGACUUCGAGAGAUAUUCUACAAAACAAAAGAAGAAAAAUACAUUGUGGAUCUUCUGGCAAUUUCCAACUACCUAUCUAUCGACAUCAGAGCGUUCCCUCUAAAUUCAUUCUCAGAAAAACUACACAUUCCUUCGCUUGUUGGAAGAAGAGAUUUACUGGAUGAGUUUUUCAAAUAA